UGCUACUUGCUUCUGAGAGAGAGAGAGAGAGAGAGAGAGAGAGAGAGAGAUGUCGAAGGCGAAGAAGGAGCUGAUGGCGUCAGCGCCGUGGAGGGUACAAGAAGAAGAGGAGGAAGAAUUCAGCGACGCGAAGCUGAAAGUGACACGGCAGCAGGCGGGGGCGGAAUCAACCAUGCACGUCCCUCGCAAGAAAACCAAGCGCGCUCAGGACUAUCAAGACGACGACGACGACUCCCUCACUGAGAUCGACCCUGAGCUCCGCUACAGCUUCCACCGUAACUAUCAGUUCCUUCAACGAGUUUUUAGCAUUGAUACUAUCGUGAAACCUCUUCCACCUUCCAUGGCUUACAAUGUCUCCCGCAACUUGAACUUCUUCACUCGCAUUUUCACCCAGUUUUUUGAUCCUGAAGGUAUAGCAAAUGCGCAGAAAUCACUUGGUAUAGGACAGGAAGAGAAAGCCCGUCGCGUCCGGUGAUGCAUAUUAAGGAUUCUAGAAUGCAGUAAUAAACAUUCAGUUCUUGUUUUAACUUUCCUUGGUUUUGUUUGUUCUGUCCUUGAUAGUAUAUUGUUGCUUCAUGAUCAGAAAUUGGAUGUUGAAAUUUCAAUGGCAAAACAAUUUAACUCUCGUGCUAA